AUAACUACUUGGGGACACGGAGCACUGCGUUCGCCCUGGGUCACGCGGGAAGGAUGACCGCAAAGCCCCCAGCUGGCGCGCGGGUUCCGGGGCUGAGGGGCCCAAGGCGGUAACCAGGAUCCGCUCCGGCCGCACUUCCCUUGCCUUUAACAAGCCCCAGAAGUGGUCCGGCGCUUGGCCGCAGCGGGAAGUCUACAGAAAGAAAAGACCGGAACUAAAAGAUAGACACAGCGAUGCCCUCCCCGGACCCCGCCAGCCUCACACCCCUGCCAGCCCGCCGCCUGUAGUGCGCACCGCCUCCUCGCCAAGCUCCGCCCCGCGUCCACCCCAGGGAUUAACUCGGACGAGCGGUCGUGUGGUAGAGGUAGUGUGCGCCUUCCGGGGCUAGAGCAAGCGCGCCCGCGCGGCCGGGAGCCAUGCUGAGGAGCUGCGCCAAGCUCCUCCGCACGCUGGGGGCCGUGCGCGGGCCGCCGGGAGGCCGGCGCCUGCCGGGUAGUGAGCCGCGACCCGCGCUGAGGUUAUUUUCUUCUGAGGAAGUCAUUCUUAGGGAUUAUUCUGUCCCCAACCCCAGCUGGAACAAGGACCUAAGACUGCUCUUUGACCAGUUUAUGAAGAAAUGUGAAGACAGCUCCUGGAAACGUUUGCCUUCAUAUAAACGUAUACCGGCUGAAAAGAUUCAAGACUUCAAAACCCAUUUGCUUGACCCAAAGCUUAUGAAAGAAGAACAAAUGUCACAGACCCAGCUCUUCACCAGAAGCUUUGAUGAUGGCCUGGGCUUUGAAUACGUGAUGUUCUACAGUGACGUCGAGAAAAGGAUGGUUUGCUUAUUUCAAGGAGGCCCUUACCUGGAAGGACCACCUGGAUUCGUUCAUGGAGGUGCCAUUGCAACCAUGAUUGAUACUACUAUUGGUAUGUGUGCAUUGAUGGCUGGGGGAGUCGUCGUGACUGCCAAUCUCAACAUCAAUUAUAAAAGACCUAUCCCUCUUUGCUCUGCUGUUAUGAUAAAUAGCCAACUUGAUAAAGUUGAAGGAAGGAAAUUUUUUGUUUCCUGUAAUGUUCAGAGUGCUGAUGAGAAGACUCUAUACUCAGAGGCAACAAAUGCAGAAGUUGAGGCAAACCUGGGAUUUGUAUCUGGGUCCUCCUGGCUUCACAUCCCAAACUUCCAGCAUCAGGAUUCACUACCCCUCCGCGAUGACCAACACAGAAGUGCAUAAAGGUGUGAUGGUGUCAGUGACGGAUCCUGGAGAAGGCAGAGGUGGAAAAGACAUUUCCUUUGUCACUGCACUUAAGGCCAGAGUUUCCAAUUUGCAAUUUUGAAAACAUUAUAUUUUAUAAAAAAUAAUACCCUGAUCAAGAAAUUGAUAAAGUUUCAGGCCAGGCAUGGUGGCUUACGCCUAUAAUCCCGACAUUUCA